AUGUAUGUGGAGGAAUCGGACACAUCGCGCAUCUGUGCAAGUGCCGUGCGGAAUGGGAGAAACGUACGCGUGGCUGUGUGUGGACCUCGGUCUGUCUGCUCUGACAACACUCCCACGCUUGCACGUGUUUGGGUGAACCGUUCACCUCUGUUCGCCGUGAAUUCGUCACAUCGCACCCGCCAACAUUCGCACCUGUUUAAGCACCAAGCUCCGGGUGCCGAGUUGGAAGAGACGUACGCACGUGUGUAUACGUGA